AUGCACAGAUUCACCGUGGGAGGAAGGAUUCUUUUUGAAUUAUACUCUACAAACCCAUCUCCUCAUGUUCCCUAUAAGUUACUGCACCUGGUGUGGAUACACGCACGCCAUUUAGCAGGGUACAGGCAACAGGAUGCCCAUGAGUUCCUCAUCGCUGCACUAGAUGUCCUGCACAGGCACUGCAAAGGCGAUGAUGUUGGCAAGGUGGCCAGCAAUCCCAACCACUGUAACUGCAUCAUAGACCAAAUCUUCACAGGUGGCCUGCAGUCCGAUGUCACCUGUCAAACUUGCCAUGGUGUCUCUACCACUAUAAACCCAUGCUGGGACAUUAGUCUGGACUUGCCUGGAUCUUGCACAUCCUUCUGGCCCAUGAGUCCAGGGAGAGAGAGCAGUGUGAAUGGGGAAAGCCACAUACCAGGCAUUACUACCCUCACGGACUGCUUGUGAAGGUUUACAAGGCCAGAGCACUUAGGAAGUACUGCCAAAAUCAAAGGUGGUGGUUGUCAAUGCUACCAAGAACCUACCAAACAGCUCACCAUGAAGAAGUUGCCAGUUGUUGCCUGCUUUCAUUUCAAACGGUUUGAACACUCAGCCAAACAGAGGCGAAAGAUCACUACAUAUAUUUCCUUUCCCCUGGAGCUGGAUAUGACACCAUUUAUGGCGUCAAGUAAGGAGACCCGAAUGAAUGGACAGUUGCAGCUGCCAACCAAUAGUAGGAAUAACGAGAAUAAGUAUUCUUUGUUUGCUGUGAUUAAUCACCAAGGAACUUUGGAGAGUGGCCUCUACACCAGCGUCAUUCAGCACCACAGGGAUCAGUGUUUCAAGUGUGAUGAUGUCAUCAUCACCAAGGCCAGUAUUAAGGAUAUGCUGGACAGGGAAGGAUAUUUACUGUUCUAUCAUAAACAGGUCCUGGAACAUUAUUAA